AUGUCCACUGUCAUGCGAUCUCAGUGGCAGGUCCUCGGGCGAAAGCCCACGGCUGCCGGUAUGAGGCAGCUCUCUACUAUCACGGCAUCUGAGUCCAAGUCGAUAGCUGGCGCGCAUGCACGUCGCUCAGCAUCGUCGCUGUCUCAGGCUCCCCAACCCACAUCUGUCACUUCUGGCACAUCCACAGCAUCGCGCAUCGGACUGUGCAAUCCCUUCCUCAUGGCCUCGCCCUUCGGUUCUCUCAAAACACGGCAAUACACGACCAUGUCGCACAACGGCCCGCUCUCGCACAUUCGUCAGUUGGCCAAGCCCGGCAUGCUCGGAUUGAACCUCGUCCAACAGCGCUCGCUCUUCGGUAAACCGUCUUACGACCAACUCGCUCGGCUCGAACAGGCUGCGAACGCCAGCCCCAACAGCGUACCGGCUCAGGCUUCCUUCUACUCUGCACUUGUGCGCGCCGACAUGCACGAAGUCAUCGUCAACCGGUACAACACUGGACGUUUUGCUACCAGCGCUAUAAUCAAUAAGAUCUACAACAAUGCUUUGGCAAAGACGGGACAGGAAGGCGGUGCACAGUCGGGUCUCAGCGAGCAACAGCGACAGGCCAUCAGCCAGGCUGUCGGUGCGAAUGCUAGUAACGCUCAGGUCGCAAAGACUACAGGCGGCACUGGCGUCAAGGCCGACCCCGUCUAUGUCGUUGUAGAAGAGUCCAUGAUGAACGUCGUCUUCAAGUGGGUGCGGUGGAUGUUCGGUUUCGCCCUGGCUUGCUACGUUUCCCUGAUUCUCAUUACACUCUUCGUCGAGACCAGCGGCGUCCUCAAGAAGGUCGGCGGCGGUACUACUGCUGAAGUCCGCCCCGAGCAGCAAACCACCCGCUUCAGCGAUGUUCACGGAUGCGAUGAGGCCAAGGAAGAACUACUCGAUGUUGUCGACUUUCUCAAGAAUCCAGACAAGUACAACAAGCUUGGUGGCAGACUUCCCAAAGGUGUACUUCUCGUCGGCCCUCCCGGUACUGGUAAAACGCUGCUUGCUCGUGCUUGCGCAGGUGAAGCCGGCGUCCCCUUCUUCUACAUGUCUGGUUCCGAGUUUGACGAGGUCUACGUCGGUGUCGGAGCAAAGCGUGUCCGCGAACUGUUUACGGCUGCUCGGUCCAAGGCUCCUGCCAUUGUCUUCAUCGACGAACUCGACGCGAUAGGCGGAAAGCGCAAGUCACGCGACGCCAACUACCACCGCCAGACCCUCAACCAGCUUCUGAACGAUCUCGAUGGUUUUGACCAAAGCACCGGUGUCAUCUUUAUUGCUGCGACCAACCACCCCGAACUUCUCGAUCAAGCUCUACUCCGUCCCGGACGUUUCGAUCGCCACGUUCAGGUCGAACUCCCUGAUGUUGGUGGUCGACUUGCCAUUCUCAAGUACCACACCAAGAAGAUCCGCCUGUCUCCAGAUAUCGAUCUCUCGUCCAUCGCCCGCGGCACUCCAGGCUUUUCUGGUGCCGAGCUAGAGAACCUCGCAAACUCUGCCGCUAUACGCGCAUCCAAGCUUCAAUCAAAGUUUGUCUCUCUCAAUGACAUGGAAUGGGCCAAAGACAAAAUUACCAUGGGCGCUGAGAAGAAGUCGCGCGCCGUUCCCCUUCAAGACAAAAUUCAUACCGCUUAUCACGAAGGCGGUCACGCACUCGUUGGUCUCUUUACUCAGGGCUUCAACACCGUGCACAAGGCUACUAUUCUGCCAAGAGGCCAUGCUGCAGGUAUCACAUUCUUCCUUCCACAAGAAGACCACCAUCACACACGCAAACAAUACAUCCGCCAGCUGCAAGUAGCCAUGGGCGGCAAAAUGGCCGAAGAAAUCGUGUUUGGCGCGGACAACGUCGCGGACGGCGCGUCGGGCGAUAUUCAACAAGCCACCUCCCUAGCCUACAACAUGGUCACAGCCUGCGGUUUCUCUGACAAGCUUGGCAACGUAGAUUUCAAAUCAAACUACGAGAUGGUAUCGCCAGAAACCAAACGCCUCAUUGACGAUGAAGUCCGACGGUUGAUUGACGAGGCCAAGAGUAGUGCGAGACAGUUGCUGUUGAGCAAGAGGGCGGAGCUGGAUAAGCUGGCUGAUGCGCUUGUGCAGUAUGAGACACUGGAUAAAGAGGAGAUUUUGAAGGUUAUUAAAGGCGAGGAUUUACCGGGGAGGUUGAAGGCUAUGCCUAAUGCGCCGAUUAAGAUUCCGGAGAAUCCGCUUCCGACUGCGAUUUUACCGCCGCCGAGGGGGAAUGGUGGUAGUGGUGAUGGUGGGAGUGGACCGCCCGGGCCGCCUAUACCUGCGUAA